AUGAGCUUUACGAGUCAAGUCGCCCGCUCUCCGACCCUCAACGAGUCCCACGAGAGUUCCUCCUCUUCUGGUCUCUCCGCUUCAUCAACAUCAACUGCACCCACCCCGCGCUCACCCCGAAAGAACACACCCACUUCUGGCACACCAUCAAUGGCAACCAAACCUAAAAGCCCUGCUCAGCAACCACCAUUAUCACAACAACAACAACAAAAUCAAUUCAUCAAUACCAAUACCAAUACCAAUAAUCAUAAUCAUAAAUCGCGUUUACCAUCUAAAAAGAAGGCUCCAUGGCGUGCACCCGGGAACUGGCAGAUUCCUGAUAUCAUCAAAGAAUCCUGGGAGAGGCGGCCGAUGCCAACCUUUAACAAAGACCCGCCCAAAUCAUCAGACACCAAGCCAUUAUUUAUAAAGCGCCCUUGGAUACCAGUAGGCAGAUCACCUUCAAUAGUCCCUCUUCCUCCACCAAUCUUACGUGUCCAGAAGAAACCUCAUGCUGUAUUUGACGCUAAACUGCGGAAGACUCUGCCGAAACAAAAGAUCGUCGACUCAAACCCAGCCAACACUUACACAGGCCUUAGUAAAGUAGGCAGCGGUGCUAAUGGCGCCGUUGUCCGGGCAUCAAAACAAGGCAACAAGGGUGGACAGGUUGCCAUCAAACGAUGCUUUAUCGAAGACCGCGAUAUCCCUCAUCACGCUUAUGUAUUGCGUGAACUCAAAAUCAUGGGCUGUCUCAACCACCCGAACCUCAUCCAGCUCAAGGAAGCCACUCUCUGGGGAGACUAUGUCUGGAUGGCCAUGGAACUCAUGACCUGCUCUGUCUUUGGUCUCCUGGUCGACACCACUCACGGUCUGCCCGAACUUAUGGCUGUCCGGAUUGCAAAAGAAUGCCUUGAGGGUUUGGUAUAUCUCCACAAAAACUAUAUGCACCGUGAUAUCAAGUGCGAAAACAUCUUACUCGGUCGCAAUGGUCAAGUCAAAUUAGCCGAUUUUGGUCUUGCCACUCCCAUUGGUAAGGUCAAUACCGCAAGACUUGGAACAGCAAAGUGGAUGGCCCCAGAAGUGGUUGGUGAACUGUCUUACAAGGAGAAUGUAGAUGUAUGGUCCAUGGCGAUUACUACAAUCGAAAUGAUGGACAGAGUGCCUCCUCUUUACUAUCUCGAGGAGACCGAGGAUAUCUAUGGCGAAAUCCUGCACAAUGAUCCACCCAGCUUCAACUUUACUGUUCCUAGCCCGACCAUGCUUGAGCUGAUUACCUGGAUGUUGGACACUGACAUGAACCGUCGACCGAGCGCCAAUGUUGUCCUCACUAAAAUCAAACAACAUAUUGCAUCCGGUAAACUUCAGUGCGCAAAACAAUCGGAUCUCGGUGCAUAUGUACGCCGUGUAUUUCCCAAUGAAACACCCUCAAGACAAUAA